AUCGGUAUAGCAUUAUCUUUUAUAAAAAAAAGUACACAAGCUGCUAUAAUGGCCUAAUACUCCCAAAACAACAGACAAUUCCAAACCCAUCAUUAAAAUACUAGCUCCCAAUCCAAACACAGGGAAAGCGAUUUCAGAAUCUUCUCUCCGCUUCAAAGCUUCAACAAAUCUCCUCUGUUUUCCCCUGUUUCACCUCUUUCCAUCCCAAUGACGCAGCAAGAGAGAUGGGUUGUUGCCAAUGCUAUGAUAUCGGCAGUCUUCUUUGCUCUAUCAAUGGCGACCUUAACAGAGUCGACCCGCCAAGCCGAUAAGAUCACGACCCUACCGGGCCAGCCAGCGGUCCGGUUCAACCAAUACUCGGGUUACGUCACAGUCGACAAGAUGCAGGGGAGGGCUCUGUUUUACUACUUCGUCGAAGCGGAGACCGAGCCGGGCUCCAAGCCUCUCGUUCUCUGGUUGAAUGGAGGGCCUGGGUGUUCUUCAGUGGGAGCUGGAGCUUUCUGCGAGCACGGUCCGUUUAAACCGAGUGGAGAUGUUCUGCUACAAAACAAUUACAGCUGGAACAAAGUGCGGUGGAUUAAGGUUGUACUGAUUUGGAAUUGGUGCAGAGGCAAAUAUGCUGUACUUGGAAUCCCCAGCGGGCGUUGGGUUCUCUUACUCAGCCAAUGCAUCUUUCUACGACUCUGUAAAUGAUAAAAUCACAGGUUAAACUACAGUUUCAAUUCAAAAUAUUCUACUGCUACCUUUUCCGGUACAAUUUUCGGUGCGGUUUAACAAUGAUUGAGUUUUAUCUUUUGUUUGCGGAGUGCAGCUGAGGACAAUCUGGGGUUUUUGAAGGGAUGGUUGGCCAAGUUCCCAGAAUACAGGGGACGAGAUUUCUUCAUAACCGGAGAGAGUUAUGCUGGUCACUACGUUCCACAGCUUGCCCAACUGAUUGUGAAAUCCAAGCCACCCAUCAAUCUCAAAGGAAUUGCAAUUGGGAAUCCUCUGUUGGACUUCAACACGGACUUCAACUCAAGAGCAGAGUACUUCUGGUCUCAUGGAUUAAUCUCGGAUGCAACCUUGGACAUCUUUAACACAGUCUGCAACUACUCCCAGAUAAGAAGACAACUGCAGAGAGGGUUUCUCACGCCAGAGUGUUUCCGGGUCAACAGCCAUGCCUCCCUCGAAAUCGGCAAGUUCGUGGACGCCUAUGAUGUCACUCUCGACGUCUGUUUGUCUUCCAUCCAGUCACAAUCCCAUGUCCUCGAGCGGGCUGCUGCUGCAGGAGUAGGGGAAAUUGAUGUGUGCGUGGAGGACGAGACGAUUCGGUAUCUGAACAGGAAAGAUGUGCAGAAGGCUUUCCAUGGGAGGCUUGUUGGAGUCCGGACGUGGAGCACCUGCAGCGAUGUGGUGAGAUAUGAAAUGGACAACUUGGAGGUACCAACGACUCCUAUUCUUGGCCAGCUUCUCAAGUCUGGCCUCAAGGUUCUGGUUUACAGUGGAGAUCAAGAUUCAGUGAUCCCAUUGAUAGGGACAAGGAAGCUUGUGAAUGGACUGGCCAAGGAAAUGGGCCUCAACACCACAGUGCCUUACAGCUCCUGGUUUCAGGGCAGACAGGUUGGAGGGUGGACGCAAGUGUACGGCGACGCGUUGAGCUUCGCAACCAUUAGAGGAGCAUCCCACGAAGCUCCAUUUUCGCAACCAGAGAGAUCGCUGGAGCUGUUCAGGGCGUUUCUGGGUGGAACUCCUUUGCCAGCCCACAGUACCGUUGCUUAUUGAUCGCUACUACUCUGUAUAAUUGACAAAAACAACGCAAUUCAGUUGUUUACAAAAAGAUUGGGGAAGAGAAAGAGAAGGAUAGGAUCACAGUUAAGUACUGUGUUUCUUUCCCGUUGGCUUCCAUCACUCAUAUUACUUGUUGGUUACACACCAAGGUUGUCAACCCGUGGGUUGACCCGGACCCGGUCGAGCUAGUGGGUCAAGGGUUAAUGGGUCAACCGUUUUAGCCCGGUUUGGCCCGGAAAUAUAGAAAGAGUCAUUAUAUUGCACUUAUCCUCAUAAAUUAUAUCAAAUCUUAUCUAACAUAUGAG